CGGCGCCGUCGGGGUGUCUCAGCGUCAGCCCCUUGCUGCAGCCCAGCGGGGACAGAGCAAGGUGGGAUUGGAGCCAGCACCGGCGGGGGACACGCACCAUGGAGCCAAGCCAGGAGCAUGCCUGAAGCUGCCAGGAGUGGGAUGGGCUGGGGGGAUAUGGAGCCCCCCAACGGCAGCACAGCCGGCCAGUCGGACACGUGUUUUGGGGCGUUCAAUGCCAGCGACAGCCGCACCAGUGCACAGACCAGCAUCACCUCGCCCUGGUUCUCCACCGCCUUCGGCCUCAUCGGCCUCUGCUCCAACCUCUUCGCCCUCUGCGUCCUGCUCAGCUCCUCCCGCAAGCUGUCCAGCCAGGCCCGCUCCUCCUUCCUUGUCUUCCUCUGUGGGCUGGUGGUCACAGACUUCAUGGGGCUGCUGGUGACGGCCUCGGUCAUCAUCCCCUACCACUUCAUCAAGUUCGCCUGGGCUGAGGUGGACCCCGGCUGCCACCUCUGCAACUUCCUCGGCUUCUCCAUGGUCUUCUUCGGGCAGUGCCCGCUGCUGCUGGGGGCCACCAUGGCCGGCGAGAGGUUUUUCGGCAUCAAUCACCCCUUCUCCCGCUCCACCAGCAUCUCCAAGCGCCGUGCCUGGUCCAUCGUGGGACUGGUGUGGGGCUUCUCGUGCCUGCUGGGGCUGCUGCCGGUGCUGGGGCUGGGGCGGUACACGUUGCAGUACCCCAGCUCCUGGUGCUUCCUCACCCUCCUGCCUGACACCGGCAAUGUCAUCUUCUGCAUGCUCUUCGCCCUGCUGGGCAUCUUCUCCGUGCUGCUCUCCUUCAUCUUCAACACAGUCAGCGUGGUGACGCUCUGCCGCGUCUACCAUGACCGGGAGUCGGUGCAGCGGCGUCGGGACAGCGAGGUGGAGAUGAUGGUGCAGCUCGUGGGCAUCAUGAUCAUUGCCACCAUCUGCUGGAUGCCCCUCCUGAUCUUCAUCAUCCAGACAGUCCUGCAGCAGCUGCCUGCCAGCGGCCGGAUCCAGAUGCUGCCCACAGAGACGCAGAAGAUGCUGCUCAUCUACAUCCGUAUGGUCACCUGGAACCAGAUCCUGGACCCCUGGGUCUACAUCCUCUUCCGACGGGCCGUGCUGCAGCGCAUCUACCCCAGCCUGCGCCCCCGGCCCUCCAUCAUCUCCCUCUAUCCCAUGUUCAACCCCUCCCUGCGCCGCAAGCUCACCACUGACUCUGUCCUGCAGUAG